AUGCCUCGAGAGAUUAUUACACUACAAAUUGGACAAUGUGGUAAUCAAAUCGGAGGUCGUAUGUGGGAUUUGAUUUUGAGGGAACAUGCUGCUCAUUUUCAAAGCAAGAAAAAUCAAAGUCCUGAUUUGUUGUAUGAUGAUCCACUUUCGACUUUUUUCAAAUGGGAUUAUGUUGGAAAAGUAAAAUCAAAUUUGAGUUCACAUUUACCUGAUAUUCGGGCAAGAGCUGUUCUUGUAGAUAUGGAGGAAGGAGUGUUGCACAGUUUGUUAAAAUCGGAAAUUGGAGGUCUUUUUAAUAAGGACCAACAAUUUAUAAGUGAUGUGAGUGGAGCUGGAAACAAUUGGGCUCAUGGUCAUGAAGUGUAUGGUCCACAGUAUCAUGAUGAAGUGUUGGAUAAGGUACGAAGAGAAGCAGAAGAAUGUGAUUCUUUGCAGAGUUUCUUCUUAUUACAUUCUCUUGGAGGAGGCACAGGAUCUGGUUUGGGAUCCUAUAUUGUCAAAGUUUUGCAUGAUGAAUUUCCAGAAAUAUAUACAUUCACAACAUGUGUGUUUCCAUCAAAAGAUGACGACGUUGUCACAUCUCCAUAUAAUUCAAUUUUGUCGUUGAAUGAAUUAACUCAACAUUCCGAUUGCGUUCUUCCACUUGAAAAUCAAGCAUUGUACGAUAUGUGUCAACUUGUAAACUCUUUAGAGAAAAAGAAGGAUGUUGUAAGAUCUAUAUCUGGAGAGGACUCAAAGCCAUUCGAUCAAAUGAACGAUAUUGCUGCCAGUAUUCUCACAAAUUUGACAAGCUCCAUGCGGUUUGAGGGUUCGUUGAACGUUGACUUGAACGAAAUCACAAUGAAUCUUGUGCCAUAUCCAAAAUUGAAGUUUCUUCUCAGCAGUUUAUCUCCAUUUGUUGUCCCUAAAGAUGUGCAUUUACCUCCAAGAAGAAUGGACCAGAUGUUUAAAGAUGUACUAUCAAGAGAUUAUCAGUUGUUAAAGUGCGAUCCAAUUCAUCACAAAUAUUUGUCGUGUGGUUUGAUUUUAAGAGGACAACAAGCAAACAUUUCUGAUAUCAAUAGAAAUAUUGCCAAAAUGAAAUCUAGCAUGGAUAUGAUAUAUUGGAAUCAAGAAGGUUUCAAAGUUGGACUUUGUCAUGUUGCUCCUCAUAAUCAACCAUAUUCAUUGCUCUGUCUUGCCAAUAAUUGUUGCAUUGGUGCAGUGUUUGAUGAGAUGGAGGCACGAUGCAAGAAAUUAUUUAGAAAAAAUUUCUAUUUGCAUCAUUACACACAAUAUAUGGAAAAAUCAGCCAUUAGUGAAGCCUUAGAGAAUGCAAGAAGCUUGGUGGAGGAAUAUACAACACUCCAAAAUAAGACUGAAGAAGUUCAAAUUCCUAGAUUCAUUCCUGAAUUUUAG